AUGCAGCCUUUCAACUCUAGAAUUACUAACAAUGUGAAAGCGCUUCAUGUCAUCACCUCUGUGGACGCUGGAAUAAGCGACAUUCCACCUCUUCUGCAGGGACAAGCCCCUCCCUCCAAGGAGCAGGCUAAUCUUGGAACCCAAGAAUACGGGAAAAGGGUUGAAGCGAUUAUAGCCGGUGGUGGAUACAAUGACUCAGACGUGCAAAAACUUCGAGGUGCUUGCAAAGGAUACGGCAAUGUGCCCUGGCUACGUCACGACAUAAGCAAAGAGAUUGACCCGAGGCAGCCUACUCCGAAGGAGGGAAUUGAAUACGGCGAGGAGAUUGCGAAAAAGAUAGUGGACUGUUUGAAUCGUCUGAGGAUCGAGGAAAAGAUGGGAGAAGACGGAGUGUAUUGGUUUUAG